GCACUACAGAUGCACUGAUUUGUUUCUGCUUAUAGCACGUAUAAAUCAUAUUCGUGUAGCCUAGUAUUGUACCCAGUUUUAUUUUAGGAUACUUAUAUUCGCUCUUCUAGCAUGUGUGCGGCGUUAUUCCAUGCCAAGGCAACCAACCGCUUAAAAAUGAUGUCAUCGUAUCGAGACAAUUAGUACUACGGUUAUCAUACCAAUAAUAAAGAGUAGUUGAUUGAUAUUAUUAUUAGUGUACGAAAACAAAACACCAGAAGUGAUCUGUGUUUGGUAAAAAUUAAAAUUUUUCAAUUAAUUAACCCAUAAGUAUACAUUGUGAUGCGUAUUUUCGUUUUAUUAAAUCGUAUGGUCGUAGAUAAUUAGGUACGAUAUUUCGUUUUCUAUUUCGCGUUCUUUUCUGGUUUUUUCCCCUUGAGAACAACUUCGUAGAGUUCGUCAGUGCGUAAUUAGAAUUACCUGUGUAGUUUUAAAUGAACUUUUUGUGCCACUUUUUAAAUUGAAAAAAAAUGCAGUUACUCCUGACUCACGACAUGUGUAUUUGAAAAACAAAUUACGUUUAUGAAAAUUGAAAGAAGUUCACUAUUCGUACGAUUUUCACCUUCCAGCGUCUCGAUACAUUGGUGUAAUUAUUUAAUAUUUUAAAUAUAGAAACUCAAACUCGAACGUGAUAAAUAUGUACGAAUACAAAAUAUCAAUAUCGUGCGUUCUGAUUUGUUUACUUUACCUACCAACAGGAAACAGUUUGAAAUGCGGUGUUUGUCGAUCGGAGUUUAAUCUUAAUUGCUUAGAUGCCUCCUUAGUAACUACUACGGAAACGUGCCCAUCAACUAAACCAUAUGUGUGUCGAACAAUUGAAUAUUACAGUAAUGAAGAUAGAAGAAAUCACAUCGCACGAGGCUGCGUUGAAGAAAAAGACGGAAGCAAUAACGAUGCCUGCUCAAAAACCAGACUUAUAUUUUACACAAAAGUAAACAGUUGUCAAACUUGUAACGGAGAUCUAUGCAAUAUUAAUCGAAGAAUAAGUUCGAGCAAUACAGCAGGCCAGAGUGAAUCUCGUAACGUUAAACAAAAUUUUGCCGCCCCUCAGCAAGAGAAAGAUUUUGGGAUACCCGACAUGACGAACUAUAAUCAAAAAUCACUUUCAAUUUCCAUACAAUCAAGUUUUUCCAUCGUAAUUGCAUGUUUGUCUUCCAAUAUAUUGUACAAAAUGUAUCAUUAUUAUUUAUAAAAAAAAAUCUCAACGUAACAGGUUUUUAUUUUUGUAUAAUAGCUAAAAAAUAAUGUUAAAUUAUUGUGCAUUUAUUUGUUGUUACCUAUUGUAAAUAGUGAUAUGCCUAAUUAUAAUUUGCUUUAUUUUAUUAUUGGACAAUGGACUAUUCAAUAAGCAGGUAUAGGUGGUUUUUUUCCUGCAUAGAAUUGAACAGCACUAAUACAAGGAUAUUUCUGUCAGAUACUUCAAUGUCGAACUCUUUUCUAUCAGGGAUAGGUACUUAAUUAUUUAUUUUUGAUAUAUGAUGAUAACUCAUAUCAGUAAUUUAUUUAAUUAACGAAUGAACUGAGCCAUUAGCUUCUACUCAACUGUAAAAAUCGUAUCACCUUUAACCGGUAACUUCCAACUUCAAUUAACGUAACCUGAAAAUUUUAAGAUAAUGUACUCGUACCUACUUGCAAAUAUUAAAUCAAAAUGUUUGUAAUUCUCUGUAAUAUUCUUCGAAUAAAAAUGCUCAUCGUUAGCGA